UUGGUAGUCCCCAAACGUGGUGGUGACAACACCUGGCGGUGAGUCUCGGGCGAUUUGGUGUCACCACCCGGUUUGGGGACUCGUGCGGUUUCCGAGGAUGUCCCGGACACUGGUGGGUCCAGGAGUCACAAAACCCGGUGGUGACCCCGCGUCCCCAAACCCAGCGGUGACCUUUUUGGGGAUUCCAGGUCGCCACCUGGUAUCUCACCACCCGGUUUGGGGGUUCCCAAGAAGAGCCAGCCCCGGGAGAGGGAGCCAUCUCCGUAGCCAUUUUGGCUCAGCCGUUCCCAUUCUGCUCGCUCUCGUUUUGGGCCCCGCGGGAGGCCGCAGUGAUCGGAAGCUUGGGGAGAUGGCUGCGGGCGGCGGCCAAGCAGCCCGUGCGGCUGCUGAGCCGCCAUGCGCUGGGGGCUCCCUCUGGCCCGCGAGGCGCUCCAGGCAGGCGGCGGCUCGCGCUGCCUGCGCUGGGCGGCUGCAGGCGGCCCUGGCGCGGGUGACCGUCCUCGAGGCGGAGUGCGUGCGGCUCCAGGCGGAGCUGGGCCACGCGCUGGACGCUAGCCAGGCGGUGGCCACGGCUGCGGCGCGCGCAGCCGCGCAGGAGGCCCGCGGCUCCGCGGCCCCUGCGGCGGAUGCUGUCCAUGACGGUGGUGGUCUUCCUGGUGCUGGCUCGGGCGGCGACGUCGACAGCUUGUGCGAGGACUCCGCGGACCUGGACGGCAAGAGGGACCCGCUGCUCCGCGCUGCGGUCCCCGAGGUCGUCGCAAGGCUGGCGCUGGUCGCGCCCGUCAUGGCGGCGGACCUCCUCAACGAGCCUGCAGCCACCCUGGACGUCGGGCGUCGGAACGUGGUCAGCCACAACCCGACGAUCUCGGCGGCGGAGGUGCGCAGGCUAUCUCAGCGGGCGCUCAACCGCCUGCAACGCUCGGCUGCUCCGAGGGCACGGCGGGGUCGGCAUGGGGGGCAGCCUCGUCACGGUCGCAGCGCUGGUGUUCGAGGCCGUGGAGAUCUUCCUCCUCUUUGCCCUGCUGGUGCUGGGCCUCCGGUGCGGCUGCGGCCGCCUCGCGGGGCUUCCGGCGCCCUGCCCCACCGGCGCCAGCCCGCGGCUCGCUCGGCCGCCGAGGGCGUGUCGGAUUCCUGGGAGGUCGCCUGCCGCCGCGGGCGCAGCCUCCCAGCGGGCGCCCGCUUCGCUCUCGCUGAUCGAGCGCGUCUUUCGGCUGCCCCCGUGCCCGCCCCGCUCGCCUCGGGGCCCCGCUGGUGGAAAGGGGACCUCGAGCAUGCGGAGCAGGGCUCGGCCAGGCAGCUUGCCUGCCACGAGUUCGGAGGCGGCCUGAAGGAGCUGGACGGCUUCAACCACUCCGCGGCGGGCGCGAGCGCGGCCUCGAGCGCGCCCCCUUCGGCUUGUGACGCGGACUUCGUGGUGGCGGAGGGCCCCGAGGCUCUCACCGUCGGCGCUGCGGCUGACGACGUCGACGACGGGCAGGGAGACGCCUCCGUGGUGUUCAUCUCUGCCGACGGGCUCGAGGAAGGGCCCGAGGAGGAGGUCGUGGAGGAGGUGCACGGUGACGUGCUGGAGCUGGUGGUGGGGGACGCCGCGGCCCUCGCGCCCGCUCCCCAGCUUGGUGCGGCGGUUCGUGCUCGCCUUCGCCUCGAUCGACUCCGACUUCAGGUCGUCAAGGGUGCCGCGGUGCCCAUCGACGACCGCGACCUCCGCAGACCUGGCUGGCAGGCCGCCGAUGCCGCAGCUGGGGUGGAGGUGCCCCCGACGCCUGCCCAGCAGCGCGAGGGGCUCCGCUGGGUGAGACGGCUUCUCGCUGAUCUUGGGGCCUGGCACGGAGGCGCGGUCUGGGAGCCUGAGUCCAUCGAAGAGGCGGCCAGACGCAUCGACGGCGAGGGCUCGCGCCGCGCCCGCCGUGCCGCUCGCUGACCCAGCGCGCCCGCUGCCGCGGCGACACUCCUCGAGCUGUUGCGGUAGCCUCUGGGCGCUUUCUGCUUCUCACCUUUUGUGGGAGGCGCCGCAUUGCACACCCACGUGGCGUGGCGAGUGUGCUGCAACUUGGAGGCCGCUGUUUGCGGAGCCUCCUGGCCGCAUUUUGCGGCUCUCGCCUUGUUGGCGGCAGGAUCGGCUCGUGCCGCACGGGCUGCCUUGGUCAUAA